CUGCAGAGCUGUCUGUCUAUUCUUAAGCAGUAGAGUACCGUAGGUCUCAGCAUAGCGUCCUGUCACUGGCAGAGGUAGAGGAAGGAAGGGGAGAAAGUGCUAAAUAGAGGUGUAUUUUACCGUUUCCACAUAGGACGUGAAACUUUAGAGCUAGUUGUUAAUACUUGUGCUUGACCUCAUCUUUUCAUACACCUCACUUUCUCCCCCUACACUGGCUCGGACACAGUAUGGACCGCCUGAUUGCUGGUUACUGGAGGUCCCGUCUCAGACAUGUUGCCUCGGACACUGGACUGACAAUGAAACGACGACGCAAAUACUGGUUUUGGAGCCGGAAAGGUAAAAACGCAAAGAUGUGUCUGCUCUGCUGUUAUGAGAAGAAAGGCAAAGCUGACUGUUUCCGGUCCAAGAACGCUGAUGAGGAGGCCUGCGUUGCAGUGAAAAUCGAACACUCCAGAGGUCAAGGCAGUAGCCCGGCGUGCAAGCACAGCAACCCACCCAGUGUGCAGGCGUGUCUGAAUCGGGCGAGCGCUGGGACGACUGACAAGAGCAGGGGAGGGGUCAAUGGAAGAGGCCCUGGCAGCAGGCCUCGGCUGCAGUCUAAACCGCAAGUGCCUCCAAAGCCACCACAUCUCCAGAGCCCGGUGACGGUGCUCUCGUCCCCGCUGGGCCACAUCCAGAAACUACCACUUAGACCGGGCAUGGAGGAGGGAGGAGGAGGAGGAGGAGGAGGAGGAGGAGGAGGAGGCGGAGGAGGAGGAGGAGGAGGAGGAGGAGGAAGAGGGGCUGUGAACCGGGAGAGAGCCAGGGAGAAACACUCCAAAGUCUCAGACCUCAUCAGCCACUUUGAGGAGAACAGCAGCACAGAGAAUAAGAGAGACGGCUCGCCACUCAAACAGAUCACAAAGUCAUCCAACUGCAGCCCAGCUCACCACGAACACCAGAGGCAGACGGAGACCGGCGGGACUCAGGAGAAGCACUCCUCCGUACCGGCCUCACCGCAGGAUGCCCACAUACCGGCGGCUAACGGGGUGCUAGCGCAGAUGGAGCAGGACAAGGAGAAGGAGGACAAACAGGAAAGGAACAAUGAAAGUGUGAGCAUAGAGACUGCCGGGCUGGUAAACGGAGAUAAGGGGGACGGGAGCACGGAACAGAGUGAUGAUCAUUCACCUCCACACAUAGACAGGACUGGCACAGAAAGCCACACUGAGAAUGAGGACAGUGGGACUACAACAGAGAGUGAGCACAGGAUUGAAGAAGUGAGCACAGACCAUAAGACAAAUGAACAGAAGCUGUUUAAGAUCGCCAGCGAGCUCUUGCAUACGGAGAAGGCCUACGUAGCGCGACUUAACCUGCUGGACCAGGUUUUCUGUGCUAAGCUAAUGGAGGAGGCAAAUAAAGGGACAUUCCCUGUGGACGUAGUGAAGAACAUCUUCUCCAACAUCUCCUCCAUCAACGCCUUUCACAGCCAGUUUCUGCUGCCAGAUCUGGAGAAACGCAUGGGAGAAUGGGCGUCCACACCUCGCAUCGGAGACAUCCUGCAGAAACUCACACCCUUCCUCAAGAUGUACGCAGAGUAUGUGAAGAAUUUUGACAAGGCCAUGGAGCUGCUGAAACAGUGGACCGAUCGUUCACCUCAAUUCAAGGCCAUCAUUCAGGAGAUACAGAGUCAAGAGGCCUGUGGCUGCCUGACGCUUCAGCAUCACAUGUUGGAGCCCGUGCAGAGAGUCCCUCGCUACGAGAUGCUGCUUAAAGACUAUCUGAAGAAGCUGCCUCAGGACGACCCUGACCGACAAAAUGCAGAAAAAUCAUUAGAAAUUAUCGCCACAGCAGCUACUCACUCCAACAGUGCCAUACGAAAAUCUGAGAAUCUGAAGAAACUGAUGGAGAUAUACGAGAUGCUGGGAGAGGAGGAGGACAUUGUUAACCCCUCUAACGAGUUCAUCAAAGAGGGCCACAUCUUGAAGCUGGCAGCCCGGAACACCUCGGCCAUGGAGCGAUACCUCUACCUGUUCAACAACAUGCUGUUGUACUGCGUGCCCAAAUUCAGUCUGGGAGGGCCUAAGUACAUAGUGAGGACGCGGAUCGGCAUCGACGGCAUGAAGGUCCUGGAAACGUCCAACGAGGACUACCCUCAUACCUUCCAGGUGUCAGGGAAGGAGAGGACACUAGAGCUACAGGCCAGCUCAGAGCAGGACAAGGCAGGCUGGAUUAAGGCUUUCCAGGAGACCAUUGAGAUCUUCCAGCAAAAAAAUGAGUCAUUCAAGAAUGCACUGAAAGAUGUGGAGGAAGUGUCGAAUGCGGAGCUGGGGAAGCGUGCCCCUCGCUGGAUCCGCGACAAUGAAGUGACAAUGUGUAUGAAGUGUAAAGAGCCUUUCAAUGCUCUGACACGGCGGAGACACCACUGCAGAGCCUGCGGCUACGUGGUGUGCUGGAAAUGUUCAGACAAUAAGGUGGCGCUUGAGUAUGAUGGCAACAAGACGAACAAAGUCUGCAAAGACUGCUACUCCAUCCUGACUGGAGAAAGGAUAGCCGAAGGCAAGAAGAAGGGCAUCCUGGAGAUCGAGGCAGCUCAGUUCACAGGCAGCAGCAUCAUGUGUGGCUUCCUGCAGUACUGUGAGAAGAACAAACCUUGGCAGAAGGUGUGGUGCAUCAUCCCCGAGAAAGAGUGUCUGGUGCUCUAUCUGUACGGAGCUCCGCAGGACGUGAAGGCCCAGUGUACUAUCCCUCUCCUGGGCUAUUCUGUGGAUGACAGCGCCCGGCCCACAGACCCCCCGGCCAGCUUCCGCCUCUCUCAGUCCAAGUCUAUCCACAAUUUCGCUGCUGAAACCGAUGAGCUUAAGCAGCGCUGGCUGAAAGUGAUUCGGGUAGCAGUGACGGGUGAGAUGCCAGAAUGCCCUCAGACCAACGGCAGCAAUGCUAACAUGAUGGACAACAACAACACACAAGACGCGGGUACUGAUAGCACAUAAGGGUAUGUUUUCUAUAAGCAAACCGCUGUUGGAUUGCUCAAGAAAGACAGGACGUACACAUGUGUACUGCAUGCACAAAAUACAAAUGCACACUCUCCAUGCUGUCCUUGAAUCUAAAUCUUAAAGACAAAGUGGAAAACUCAGUGCUGGAUAAGCUGCCUUUCCUUGCCACUCUGCUGUCUCUCAGUUUCUUUCUCUCAUAAACCCACACAAGAACUUUUGAUUCACUGCUAGAGCUGUGCUGGAUUACUAAAGAACAUGUCUGGUACAAUCAACACUAGAGCAGGGGGGCCUCAGGACUGAUUGACUUCCCUCAAACAGGCACUAGUAAAACAGCUCAGUCAGUUUUCAUGGACUCUUAACCUGUGUGAACUCCUCUUGAGCCAGUGGACUACCACAGUCCUGUACAGGAUGUGAAUUAAAGCUAAAGGACAGCCCAAACUAAGUCUGCUGGUGCUGUAACUCAACUUUCUCUCUCUGUACAGGUACACAACCUGUACAGUAUAAAUGGGGUUUUUUUUGUUUGUUUUUUUCAAAAAGGAACAUUUGUGUUUUUAUGUACAGAAAUCAAUCCCAAACUUUGUUUUGAUAACAUAGAAAAUAUCUAAGUAUGAUAUAAAGUAUUUACGGUAAUCCCCCUUGCCUUUGCUUGAGAAGAUGGUUCCAAAACUGGGAAAACCAUCAUGUGGUUGGAUAAUGAUGGUUUUAUCUCACUCCCUCAUCCCUCAGAGAACAUUCAUCAAUAAUCUAAUCAAACUCUGGAUGCACGUCAGCUGAUCUGUCUGCUUUGCAACUGGUUGCACCUGUCCUAUACUCAAAUCAAACCAGUUUUAAAUAUAUAGACGGCUGGGCUGACCAUAGGAGAAAUAGAGUUGGUUGAGUCUAAAAUACCAGCAUCAUGUGGCACUAUAUGGGUGGGCGAUAUGGAUAAAAUCUUCUCACAGUAUGUUAUUUUAUAUAUUGUAAUGGCAAUACAUGUUGUGAUAUAGUACAUUUUCCAAAAAAACAGUUGAGAAACCAUUUAUAGAUAAAAUAACCAAAUGUGAAUGUUUAAAAAUGGCCAAGCUUAAAAAAAACGCUGGAUCCUACAUUUCCCUUGAUGCAACUCAGUAACGACUUACAUUAGACCUUCCCUGCCUGUGAAAUCCACAGGUUUUCUGUCAAGUAUUUGAAGUCUCAAGCCUGACUCAAAACCCUGAUGACAUCACUACGACAUCAUCAGGGUUAUUUUCUCAAGCUUUAGAGCCACACAACUGUUUUCACUCUCCAAGUAAACUGACCUUUAUGUGUAAAAUGAGUGGAGUUCCCCUUUAAAUGUAUAGCCACAUUGGUAAAAACAAUUUCAAAGGGUCACAAAUCUCUAGGGUCUCACAAUAUAUAUCGUCAUACAUCACCCAACCCUAUGGCCCGGACAGUGCUGUUUGUAUUAAAAUGGCACACUGCAGGCAUAAUAACUGAUGGAUGAUAGUCAUUCAUGUGCAAAACUGAGUGGUAAAUACAUGUUUAACUACAGGACAGUCAUUGACCUUAAUUCGUGUGGAGCGAGAUGGUGAGUGAUCAUCGUUGUCUUUUUGUGGCAGGGUUUUCUAUUUAAAAUUUCAAAUGCAGCACAAUCACAGAUAUAGCAAGCUGCUGUGAGAAAUGUAAAUGUGUUUUUAAUACUGUAAUUAAUUGUAUUAUUUAAUGUAAUUUAUAGAGUAUGACAAAGCAUGAUCUGAUAAAAGUAGCACAGUCGUUCCCUCACUGUCAACUAAGAAGUGCAGUAAGUAUGCUAUUUUUUUUCCUUGAGAGCAGAUGUUUUUCCACUAACUCAUCAAACGUUGUCACCUCGGUUCUUCAGUGUGACAGCGACCGGUCAUAGCGCUGGACGGACUGUGCUCAUUCACAUGGUUCUAUGUUGCGGAGUUCCCCCCUGUGCUCGAUGCUGGUGCUCACCUGAGUCUCACCCCUCAUCAGUAUUCAAAUAAAAAACAAGAGCACAAAACUUCCAUGUCUGUAAGAUCUGAUGUAUAUCCAGAUUUUUAUGUGUCGUCUCCCCAAAGGUUUGAGAAUCUACGCACUUUACAGACUUAUAAAGUGUACCUUAAAAGAAAAAUAAAAUGAGAUUAAGUAGGA